AUGGAAAUGCUAUGGAUUGCACUGGCUACCGCUCGCACUGAGACCCCCGGCGGACGGACGGGCACACCCCAUAGCUUUGCGGAGCAUUGUCGUGGCGGUGGUGGACAAGAGAUGGUUAGCAUGGUUAGUAGUCGAAACGUCACCCCAAUCACAUUACAGCAAACGCCGAAGGACAGGACUUGCUACGAAGUGGUUUCGGAGCGGUUCAAGGGCAGAACAGAGCUCUCCUCUAAGCCGGUAUCAAGCAACGCAACCCCAGACCACAUCACAUUCAUGCCAGGCAACGAUUUGACUGAACCGCGGGGCAGAACAGGGAUGUGUAAGCAGUGCUACCCAGAAAGAAGCAGUUACAAUAUCGGCAAAUGCUACACCGGCAGAAACAAGGUCCAAACAUGCCGCCACAUGCUCUAA